AUGAUCACAAUCUUGUUUACAUUCACAUUGACGUAUACAUUGACUUCACGUUUAUACAUUCACGUUGUCGUUGACAUUUACAUUCAUGGUGACAUUGAUGUUCAUGUUUACACUGACGCUCACGUCUACAUCUACGUUGAUGUUAAACUUGAUGUUGAUGUUCAAGUUCACGCUAACGUUGACAUUCACAUUAAUGUUGCCGUUUAUUUUGACAUUGAAGAUGACAUUCAAGCAACUGUGGACGUUUACAUUCAUGUUGAUGUUGACUUUGAUGUUAACGUUUAUGUGGACAUUGAUGUUGACUUUGACGUUCACAUUUACUUUAACAUUGACGUUGGCGAUCACAUUAACGUUAACAUUGACGUUGAUAUUCACCUUCGUGUGAACGUUGAAAUUGACACUCAUAUUAACAUUCAUGUAGACGUUGACGUUAACGUUGAUGAUCAUAUAGAUGUUAACGUAGACAAUGUCUUUCAAGUUAACAUUAACCUUGAUAUUGACGUUCACCUAUAUGUUGAUACUGACGUUCACGUAGAUAUUGACUUUGGCAUUCACAUUGACAUUAACUUUCACAUUGACGUUCACUUUAAUAUUGACAUUCUCGUUUACUCUUAUGUUUAUGUUGAUGUUUACAAUGAUGUUUAUGCUGAUGUUGACAUUGAAAUUUACAUUGACAUAUUUGUUGACAUAGACGUUGACAUUGACAUCGACGCAAAUGUUUACAUUUACGUGGAUAUUCAUGUUCACGUUGACGCUGAUGUUGACGUUGAUAUUGAUGAUUACGUUAAUGAUGAAGUUGACCUUCACACAAAUGUUGACAUUUACAUUAAUGCUAAUGUUGACGUUGAUAUUGAUGUUCAUGUAUACGUUUAUGUUGACAUUUAUGUUUGUGCUUACAUUGACAUUCACAUUAACAUUGAUGCUGAUGGUGAAAUUUACAUUGACGUUGAUGUUAACAUUCACGGUGUCGUUGACGUUUACUUUGAUGCUGAUGUUGAUGUUGACAUUAACAUUCACGUUGACGUUACCAUUGACGUUUUCAUUGACGUUCAAGUUAUGUUAUCGUUGACAUUGAUGUUGACGUUAAUGUUGACAUUGACAUGGUGCCAUUACAUUGUCGUUGAUGUUAAUGUUCACGUUGUAGUUAAUGUUUACUUUGAUGUUGAUAUUAACGUUGGCAUUAACAUUCACGUUGAUGUUUAUGUUGAUGUCGCUGAUAUUUAUUAUUACAUUAAUAUUGACGUUGACGUUAACGUUCGCGUUCAUAUUGAUGUUAACAUUGAAAUUGACGAUAACAUUUACGUUGACGUUCAUGUUGAUGUUGAUGUUUACGUUUAUUGUGACGUUGAUGUUGACAUUCAUCUUGACAUUGAAGUUAAAGUUCAUGAUAUCAUUGACACAUAUGUUGAUGCGGACGCUGACAUGGAUGUUGAUGUUGACGUUCAUAAUUACAUUCACAUUAACAUUGAUGUUAAUGGUGAAAUUUACUUUUAUGCUGAUGUUGACAUUGACAUUACUAUUAACGUUGCAUUCACUUUCAUUGAUGUUCACAAUGACGUUGACGUUGCCAUUGACGUUCACAUGGACAUUGAUUUUGACAUUGAUGUUGACGUUCAUGUUGAUGUUGACAUUGAUGUUAUCGCUGUCAAUAUUGACGUUUACAUUUACGUUACUUACAUUUACAUUGUCAUUGAUGUUUACAUUGAGUAUGAUGCUGAUGUUUACAUUCUUAUUCAUGUUCAUGUUUACAUUGACGUUCACCGUAACGCUGAGUUUUAUGUUGAUGUUCCCAUUUACGUUGACAUUGAGAUUAACGUUCAGAUUGACAUUAACACUUAUGUUCACGUAGUCCUUGGCUUGUAUGUUGAUGUUGAUGUUUACGUUGAUAUUGACAUUACCAAUUAUGUUCACGUUGACAUUUACGUCUAUGUUGAUAUUCACGUCUACAUUCAUGUUGACGUUGUUAUUGACGUUCAUGUAGACAUUGACAUUGACGUACUCAUUGACGAUCACAUUGACGUUCACGUUUACGUGUAUGAUGAAGUUAACUUUAGCAUUGACAUUCACAUUAACGUUGAUGCUCACGUUGAUGUUAACUUUGACGUUCACAUUUACGUUGACGUUGAACUUGAUGUUAACGUUGAUGUUGAGGCUGAUGUUUACGUUGACCUUGACAUUAAUGUUCAUAUUGAGGUUGCGGUUCACGUCGACGUUGACGUUGACCCUAACGUUAACGUUCAUGCUGUCUUUUACAUUUUCCUUGAUGCUGAUUUUAACAUUGACAUUAACUUUCAUAUUGUUCACGUUGAAGUUCACAUUUGCAUUUAUACUUACAUUUACGUUCACGAUCACAUUGAUGUUAAAAUUCUCGCUGACUCUUACAUUUAUGUUGACAUUAAUGUUUAUGUUAAUGUUGACCUUGACAUUCUUGUUGAUCUGUACGUUAAAGUUGACAUUGACGUUGAUGUUGACGUUAACAUUAAUGUUGAUGAUCACGUUGACGUUCAUGUUGACGUUCACGUUUAUAUUGACAUUGAUGUUUAUGUUUAUAUUAACGUUUAUGUUGAAGUUUAUUUUCACACAGAUGUUAAUGUUGACGUUGACAUUGACAUUUAUGUUCACGUUUAUAUAUUUACGUUGCAGUUUGAUGUUAACAUUGACGUUCACAUUGACGUUUACGUUGAUGCUGACGUUUACGUUAACUUUGAUGUUGACAUUGACGUUUAUGUUCAUUCAAAUGUUGACGUUUACAUUCAUGUUGAUGUUGACGUUUAUGUUAGCUUUCACAUUAACAUUGAAGUUGACGUUCGCGUUGUAGUUGAACUUGACGUUUCUGUUCACGUUCACGUUGAUGUCAAUGUUCAUGGUUACGUAGAUAUUUACAUUUAUGUUGAUGUUCACAUUUUCAUUGACGCUGACGUUAACGUUGAUAAUUAUGUGGAUGAACCUGUUGACAUUUAUUUGGAACGUUCACAUUCACAUUGA